GGCUCGUGGUUGCUAUAAAUAAGCCUCCAAACCUCCCUUCAGCUUUCAUCCACCAAUCUUGCUUUCCUUUGCUCAAAGCGCAAAUCUUAACAUAGUUUCUAAUUAUUUCCUCCUACGGACGCGUCAUACAGAUUCACAAACAGACGAGAUCUUAAAGAACAACCCCAUCGAUGGCUUCUUUACAAGCUUCUAAUUUUAUAGUCUCUUCUUCUUCAAAGCAGAUCCAUGCUGCUUUAUCGGUCCCAAAGCUUCCAUCAAUCAAGUUUUCAGUUCCAAAAAUACCAGCCAAAAAAUUGUCUGAGGAAUUGAAUACUAGGGAUGGGUUCAUCAACACAAUCCCAGUUGAAAAGAAUUUCAUUAAGACAACAUUGCUUCAAGAAAGCUCAUCAGUUUCAAUGGCUACCGUACAACUUUAUGCUAUCUUAGAGGCUGUUGCUGAUAGAGUGGAGAUGCACAGCAACAUCGGCGAACAACGAGAAAACUGGAAUACCCUUCUCCUUAACUCCAUUAACAUGAUCACUCUUACUGCCGCAACCAUGGCUGGUGUUACAGCAACUGGCGCCGCUGGGGUUCCUCUUUUGGGUUUGAAGUUGGCAUCUACUCUCUUGUUCUCUGCAGCCACAGGAAUGUUGGUCUUGAUGAACAAGAUCCAACCCUCACAACUUGUGGAAGAGCAACGUAACGCAACAAGAUUGUUUAAGCAGGUUCAGAGCCAAAUAGAAACCCUACUUGCUGUUGGUUCUCCAAGCAAAGAAGACGUCAAAGAUGCAAUGGAAAAAGUCUUGGCCCUUGACAAAGCGUAUCCUCUUCCCUUGCUAGGUGUAAUGCUUGAAAAGUUCCCAGAAAGUUUAGAGCCUGCUGUUUGGUGGCCUAAAAGCCAGCAGUCUCGAAAAGCAAACCCAGAAAAGCAGUUCAAGGGAAAGGUAGUGAGCAAUGGAUGGAAUGAGGAGUUGGAAAUGGAAAUGAGAGAAGUCGUUGAGGUGAUUAAGAGAAAAGACAGUGAAGAUUACGAGAGCCUAGGCAACAAGGCAUUGAAGAUAAACAAAGUUUUAGCUAUAUCAGGGCCAUUACUGACUGGAAUUGCAGCUCUAGGUUCUGCCUUUAUGGGGUCUUCCAAUGGCCCUUGGGCAGCAAUAGUGGCAGCUGUUGCAGGAGCUUUAGCUUCAGCUGUUAAUACAUUUGAGCACGGUGGCCAAGUUGGUAUGGUGUUUGAGAUGUAUAGAAACAACGCCGGCUUCUUUAAACUUGUGCAGGAAUCAAUUGAAUCAACUCUGGAUGAGACUGAUGUGGAGAAAAGAGAAAAUGGAGAGUUGUUUGAAAUGAAGGUGGCAUUGCAAUUGGGAAGAAGCUUAUCACAGCUGAGAGAUGUAGCCAAAAAAUCCAGUUAUUCUCGUAUAGAAGGAAGCCCCAUUGAUGAGUUUGCAAGCAAGCUGUUUUAAUCUUGGAAGAUUCAUGAUCACCAAAUGUGCAUAUACAGGAUUAUUCUUUAAUUCUUUGAUUCAUUAAAUUAACCACUGAUAAUUUUUUUGUACAAUUUUGUAACAUGAUACAAGAUGGGUUGAACCAUGAAUAUAUACAAACAUCAUGGCUCAUGCAUUGAAAUCAAUUUAUAUCAGUUCUUUUUUUGUCCAAAUAGAGUCAGAAAUUUCAA